GAAGGAAGUUGGAGAUUUCCUCUCAGAGAGCAGCCAGGAGCUCUGGCCAGAUGUAUGAGGGCUGGAGCCCUGAUGAUGUCAAUCUUGUAUCUAGCAAGUUCAUUCCUGAGGGUUCCCAGAGAAUAGGACUGGAGGCCAAUAAGAACCACAACUUGGAGACAGUGGCCUUACUGCGCCCUGAUGGUGCCGUGGUGUUAGUCGUGCUCAAUAGCUCUUCCCAGGACCAACCUUUUACCAUUGCUGAUCCUGCUGUGGGCUUCAUGCAAACUUUGGCACCUGCAAACUCCAUUCAGACAUACCUCUGGAAGCGCCAGUAAUGAAGUGGGCAUGGGGACAGCUGUGCAUGGGUAGUGGGCAAUAAAGGAUGGAACUAACUUA